UUCCGGAAUUUCCUUCCGCCAUCUUGGGAUGAUAGUAACGAUCGUCACUAUCAUCAGUUUAAUACCAGUGUAUACUAACCCGGAUCCCCACGGAGUCCUCGGACUUGGAAGCUAGCAAUGAUUUGAUCAAACUAACAGAGAUCAGCAUGGAGUAUCUUGUGGCUAAAUGGAAGCACUGGUAUUCUUAUCUGGAUGUAAACAAAGACGGCACGAUCUCUUUUGAUGACGUAGAGGAAUGUCGGAAGAAAUUCACAAAACUGCACGCGCUGGCGGGCGAAAAGGCCAAGUCCGUCGAGGUCGAUAUUGAGAAAUGGUGGAAAACGUAUAUUUUCCGAUCAAGUGCAACGGAUGAAAUGAGUGAGAAUGAUUUCAUCUCCAUUCUCUCAGCUGACUACAAGAAAGAUAAGCAGGCAUUUAAGGCCAACAUCCAGAAAUGUUUUAUGGAGGUUUUCGAUGUCAUUGACGUAGACAAAGAUCGCACGAUUGACCUUGGAGAAUUUCAAUACGCCUUUAAAGCAUUUGGUCAUGAAAACGAUGACAUUCUGAAAACAGUGUUCGAGUCGUACAAAUCAGCAGAUGGCAAAGUCCCCAUUAAGCAAGUAGUGGACACCUGGGUACAAUUUGUGACCGAUGAGGACAGUUCAAAAAAAGACAUUUUAAAAGAAGCCUUUACAAAGGGCAUGUAACAAUGAUUUGGGUCUAUUUAUUUUCAAUUACCAAUCGUGUAACUAACGAUAUCAGUUAUUUUGUAGCUUAAUGAACUAGAUUAGAAAAAUAAAUCAGAUUAGGAUAUAUUA